AUGGGUUUAUUCAGAAGAUUUGUGAAGGUGGAGCAAGUGUUAGCUCCAAGGAUGAUGGUUGUUCAUCAAGCAAGUGUUAGCUCCAAGGAUGAUGGUUGUUCAUCAAGCUCAAUAGUGUCCAGGUAUCGAGAUUACAAUUGGCGGUAUCGUUCCGGUCCAAGUCUUAAACCGGAGAAACCAGAGAGAAAGAUUCACGACGCCAUUGUAGAUCAAGAGCUCGAGUUUGAGCUAAGGUUCUAG